AUGGCAGGUUUGUUUGACAAGCAGGCAGCUACGUAUGUGGAUGCAAGGCCAAGAUAUCCAAGCGAAUGGUUUUCAAUGUUGGCUGCUCUCACCCCUCACCACUCUUUAGCUUGGGAUGUUGGCAGUGGCAAUGGUCAAGCGGCUCUUGGUUCCUAUACUCACAAGGACAAGGGCAAGGGCCCACCGCCAUCAAGGGUUUUGUUCCCUUCGUUUCAAGGAAGAGUCCUGUACUCACAGGGACAAGAACAACCCUCCGCAUAG